CAUCCACUUACCACCACCCACCACCCACCUCUCUCUCUUGCACCACCUAGCAGCCAUCACUCCCUACCCUUUCCACACAGCAAACAUGAGCAAGGGCAAGGUCUGUCUGGCCUACUCUGGCGGUCUGGACACCAGCUGCAUCCUCAAGUACCUGUUGGACCAAGACUAUGAGGUGAUCUGCUUCAUGGCCGACGUGGGCCAGGAGGAGGACUUUGAGGCUGCAAAGGAAAAGGCACUCAAGAUUGGUGCGACCAAGUGCUACGUGGAAGACAUUCGCCGCGAGUUUGUCGAGGAGCUCUGCUUCCCCGCCAUUGCGUGCAAUGCCAUCUACGAGAACGUCUACCUUCUCGGAACGUCGCUCGCUCGUCCCGUCAUUGCUCGUGCGCAGGUGGCAGUCGCCCAAAAGGAGGGCUGCUUCGCCGUCUCCCACGGCUGCACUGGCAAGGGCAACGACCAAGUCCGCUUCGAACUCGCCUUCUACGCUCUCCAGCCCACCAUCAAGGUCAUUGCUCCAUGGCGUGACCCCGUCUUCUACGAGCGCUUCAAGGGUCGUCAGGAUCUGCUCGACUACGCCGCAGAGAAGGGCAUUCCCGUCACUAGCACAAAGAGCAAGCCAUGGAGCAUGGACGAGAACCUGGCACACUGCAGCUACGAAGCUGGCAUCUUAGAGGACCCUAACACCGAGGCUCCUGCAGACAUGUGGAAGCUCACCGCUGACCCCACCAAGGCACCCGACAGCCCCGAGGACUUCACCUUGACCUUUGAGAAAGGUCUGCCCGUGAAGCUAGAGUACGAGGACGGCAAGAAGAGCGUGACCGACCCCGUCGAGCUCUUUCUCACUGCCAAUGCGAUUGCCCGCAAGCACGGUGUGGGCCGUAUCGACAUUGUUGAGAACCGCUUCAUUGGUCUCAAGUCCCGAGGCUGCUACGAGACUCCUGGUCUGACUAUGCUGCGAGGUGCCCACGUCGACCUCGAGGGUCUUGUCAUGGACCGCGAGGUGCGUGCUCUGCGUGACCAGUUCGUCACCUUCCACUACGCCAAGAUCCUCUACAACGGCCUGUACUUCUCUCCCGAGCGCGAGUUCCUCGAGGACAGCAUCGUGUCGUCGCAGAAGAAGGUCAAUGGUAGCGUGCGCUGCCGUGUAUUCAAGGGCAUGUUCAGCUGCGUCGGCCGCUGGUCCGACACGGAGAAGCUGUACGACGCCAGCGAGAGCUCCAUGGACGAGAUUGGCGACUUUGCACCAUGCGACACCACCGGCUUCAUCAUGGUCAAUGCCAUCCGUAUCAAGAAGUACGGCAACGCCAAGGAGGAGGCUGGCGAGAGUCUGGUCCAGCAGCACAAGGUCUCUGUCUAGAGCAGACAUUGAGAGAGGUCAGGACACUGCACACUGGGAGCGAGCAAGCGAUCCAUUCAUGCAAAUGGAUGCGCUUCGAUGUUCAGCUUGGAGUCAUGGACCAUGCUUUACACAUGGAUGUAGAGUAGAAACGAGCUUGUUACAAUGAUACCACAAAAGGCGUUGAUGAUGAUGAUGAUGAUUUUCC